AUGUCCCACAAGAAGAACGACCUCCCCUAUAUCCGCCGCUACAUCACUACCCACAACACCGAAGGCGAGGCGGUAUUUCUCUCCCAUGCCCAAGUCCCCGAUUACCUGCCCUCCACUCCAGCAGGGGACGAUGGCGAGAUAGCCCUGCUGUACGCUACAACCAGUGACCCAGCCUCUACGGACGCUGAAGCGGACGUUGCCAUGUACGACGAAUUCCUGCAUCAGCCGCCAGGGAUCACAGUCGACGAGGGAACAAUUUUCCGACUCAUUGAUCUGCGUCCGGGCAAGGCUAUGCCGAUGCAUCGGACCGUCAGCUUAGACUAUGGGGUCAUCAUUGAGGGUGAGGUCGACCUGGUAUUGGACUCAGGUGCGAGUCGCCUGAUGCACCGUGGCGAUGUCAGUGUGCAACGGGGCACGGCACACUCUUUCCGAAACCGCAGUCAUACAGAGUGGUGCCGCAUGCUCUUUGUAUUCUUGCCUAUGCAGAAGUUGAAGAUUGAGGGCAAGGAAUUGGAGGCGGAGGUGUAUGAUGAAGGAUUCGAUGCUGAGAGCGAAAGCUCCGAGGCUGCCUGUUGGUGUGUUGGCAUUUUAUUUGACCACCCCGCUCCCCGCAUCAUGGAUCACGACCAGUUCAAGACAGCCGCGUACUCGGCCAUUGACGAUAUCAUCAAAUACUUCGACAGUGUCCCAGAGCGCAGGGUGAUCCCCGAUGUCCAGCCAGGCUAUCUUCGCCCAUUAAUCCCAGAAAGCCCACCCAACGAACCCGAGGACUGGGCCACAAUCCAAGAGGAUGUCGACACAAAGAUCAAACCCGGUCUCACCCACUGGCAAUCACCGAACUUCAUGGCCUACUACCCCGCCAGCGUCACGUACCCCAGUCUCCUCGGCGAAAUGUACUCCGCGACAUUCACAGCCCCGGCUUUCAACUGGCUCUGCUCGCCCGCAUGCACAGAGAUGGAAACAAUUGUGAUGGACUGGGUUGCUAAGGCCCUUGCUCUGCCUGAGUGCUUCCUCAGCACCUCGGAGACCCACGGUGGCGGCGUGAUUCAGAACAGCGCCAGUGACGCGAUUGCGACGAUCAUCGUUGCUGCGCGCGAAAGACGUGUGCGCGAGAUUCUGCUCGCCGAAGGCCUGGAGGAAGCAUCUCCCGAAUAUGAAGAUCGCAAGUUCGAUGUCCAGAGCAAGCUAGUGGCUAUUGCGAGUGAUCAGACGCACAGCAGCGCUGCCAAGGGCGCUUUGGUGGCCGGUACCCGAUUCCGUAGCGUCAAGGCCCGGCUCGAAGAUAACAUGGAAAUGACGGGUCCACAAUUACGGGAGGUUCUGGAGAAAUGCGAUCGCGACGGCUUGACCCCGUAUCAGCUGACAAUGACCUUUGGAACCACGAAUUGCUGCAGUGUAGAUCGGUUCGCGGAGAUUAAAGCCGUUCUGCAGGAGAAGCCUGCAUGGCAACGCAUUUGGGUCCACGUUGACGCAGCUUAUGCAGGAGCGUCGCUUGUCGCGGACGAAUGGCAGUAUAUUGCCAAGGACUUUGCCGACGGCGUUGAUAGUUUCAACAUGAAUAUGCACAAAUGGCUUUUGGUGAACUUUGAUGCUAGUGUCCUCUAUGUUCGGAAUCGCCUAGAUCUCACCAACGCGUUGGACAUUACGCCAGUGUACCUACGAAACCCCUACUCGGAUAUGGGUACAGUGAUUGAUUAUCGCAACUGGUCCAUUUCUCUUGGUCGCCGAUUCCGCGCGCUGAAGAUCUGGUUCGUGAUGCGCAGUUACGGGCUCAACGGAAUGAAGGCGCAUAUCCGCAGGACCAUCGGGUUCGGUGAUCUCUUCGCCGAUCUAGUACGCAGUCGAUCCGAUCUGCUGGAGAUUGUUACGAGGCCGGGUUUUGCCUUGACUGUCUUCCGCGUGAAGAACCCGGCCUCGGCGGGCGAGUCUACUGACCGCGUGUCUGCCGAUGCGGUGGCAGACAGUGUGACCAAGAAGGUCUAUGAGCUCAUUAAUUCCCGGGGCGAGAUCUUCAUCACCUCGACGGUGAUCGAUGGCAUUUAUGUGAUUCGGGUCGUCAGCGCUAACCCCCUGGCGCAAGAGAAGUAUAUUCGCAAUGCAUUCGACAUUGUCAUUCGGACGGCCGAGGAGGUGUUGAAGGAAUAA